AUGAGGUCUGUUGAUGAAACUGAACUUAAAGAUGGUGGAGAUAGUUUCAUCCAAUCAAAAUUUAUUAAAUACGAACGUCCGAACAUAUUGAUCACUAUAGACGUUGGUGAAACUGGUGAAAUUCCUGGCGAGUGGUGGUGA